ACCCUCAGCUUCACAAUGGACUCCCUCGUGACAGCCAAUACCAAGUUUUGCUUGGACCUUUUCCAAGAGCUAAGUAAAAGUGACGAACCGGCAAACAUCUUCAUCUGUCCUCUGAGCAUUUCAGUUGCCUUUGGCAUGAUCAGCCUAGGGGCUAAAAGUUCUACUGCAGAUCAGAUCAAUGAAGUGCUACACUUCAAUGAAGUUUCACAAAGAGAAAGCACAGAGACUGACAUUUCUUCAAAAGGGUCAAGUAAAGAAACCCAAGGGGACCAGCAAGAGAUGUCAAAACUUCCAAAUCAACAGAAUACAAAGUCCUUGAGUGAUGGCUGUCGAGAUUCUGACUCCUGCUUUGGGAAGCUGCUCAAGAAGUUGGACAGGAUAAAAUCUGAUUAUACUCUGAGUAUGGCCAAUAGGCUGUAUGGAGAGCAGGAAUUUCCAAUCUGUGCUGCAUAUUCAGAUAAGGUGACGGAAUUCUACCAUACAACCAUAGAGAGCGUGGAUUUCCGAAAAGACUCAGAAAAAUCCAGACAACAGAUUAAUUUCUGGGUUGAAUGUCAAACUCAAGGUAAAAUCAAGGACCUGUUUGAGAAAGACAACAUCACUGAUUCUACAGUUCUGGUGCUGGUGAAUGCUGUCUACUUCAAGGCCAAAUGGGAAAAAAGUUUUGACCAUGAAAAAACAGAAGAUUCACCUUUCUGGAUAAAUAAGAAUGAGCAGAAAAAUGUGAAGAUGAUGAGGCAGCAGAAUACAUUUAGACUUGGUUACAUAGAGGAAUUAAAGACACAGAUUCUUGAGAUGACCUACAUCAAGGGAAAACUCAGCAUGUUUGUGCUGCUGCCCACUUUUCCUGCCGAGGACUCCACCGGACUGGAAGAGCUUGAAAAGCAGAUGACUUAUGAGAAAAUAACAGAAUGGACCAGUCCUACUAUUAUGUGUGAAGAAAAGGUUGAUGUCUCUUUCCCCCAAUUCACCACGGAAAGCAACUUGGAUCUCAAAUUUAUUCUCCAAAAAAUGGGGAUCAUAGAUGUCUUUGAUGAAGCCAAGUGUGAUCUUAGUGGGAUGUCUUCAAGCUCCAACCUGUAUUUGUCAACAGCUGUCCACAAGACAUUUGUAGAGGUUAAUGAGGAUGGUGCCGAGGCAGCCGCUGCCACGGGAGCUGGAAUUGCUACAAAGUCUGCAAUACCUUUUGUGACAUUUAAUGCCAAUCACCCAUUUUUAUUUUUCAUCAGACACAACAAAACAAACACCAUCCUUUUCUAUGGCAAAGUCUCUUCUCCUUGAGAAUGGAUCUAUUUCCUUUUCCUUUAUGGAGCAGCAAGAAAAAUGUAGCAUAGCCUCCCUUCUGUAACAUAGGUAAUAGGGACCUGUAUUAGAGCUUGUCCAAUCAGUCACUUGUCCAAUCCCACUAGCCCCAACCCCCAGGUAUGAGCCACUGUCACUUCCUGUUCCUCUUCUGGGGGUUUACUCAACACAAUAGUUAGCCAACACUAUUUAUCUCUUUGCUGACAGUUCCCCGGCCAGCCCCCAGGUCUACUUAUCUUCACUGACCCCUGGAUUUCCACAUCAACAAAGUUCAGAAAAAUGUUUAUUUUCUUUCUUAAUUUGUUUUUCUGUGUUACUAAAGAACCAAGCAAAUCAGACUCUGUAGACUACUCAGGAAAAGGGCUGGUUCUAUUAGAGAACAACCCAAGAAAAAUAGAAGCUUGGGAUUACAGUUAAAAGGGAAAUGUUUCCCACAAGUUACACGCCUUUACAAUAGAGAUAACCACCCUGGGGGGGGAGGGGGACAGAUAUAAGGGUAUAUCUGCAGGGAAAAUAUACUGUAUUUCUUUCUUACAUCUUUGUGCUGCAGGGAAAAUCACUCUCUACCAUCUAUCAAUCCACAGGCAGUUAUCAUGUCAGACACUGUGCUAAUUCAUUUAAUAAACAUUUAAAUGCCUACUAUAAAAACUUAAAAAGUGCUCCAGCCUGCACAAACCCUAAAGUGGAAAAACAAACCUAAACACACCUAGGUUUACAUUUACCAAAGGCUGAAAAACAUAUGUAGUUGUGAACCAGUUUAGACUUACUCUCUCCUUUGGGAACUGGAGUGUGUUAAAUAUGCAUCCUCUUCAGAAAGAUGAGGAAAUUUCUCAGGACUUGAGUCAUAUAAAAAUCAUAUUUUGUCCACCAUAAAUGC